AUGAUAGAAGCCCGCUGGUUUUUGAAAUCAAUCGCACGCUUAUUAGACGACUGUAAGAACAUUAGAGACCUUAAACAAAUUCAUUGCCAAAUCAUAACAUCACAAUACUUGUCCAAAUCAGAUCAUCUCUUCCUCAUUUCUCGUCUCAUCUUCUUCUGCGCUGUUUCAUCUUCCGGUUCUCUCAGUUACGCUACUCGUGUUUUUCGAGUCACCGAUAACCCCAAUCUAUUUAUCUACAACGCCAUGAUCAGAUCAUAUUCUUGUGAAUUCAGUAACAAAGACGAAAAACCACGCUCUUUAAUUUGGUAUAAGCAAAUGUUGCAAAAUUGCAUUGUGCCAGAUUGGAUAACUAUCCCCUUCCUCUUAAAGGAAUGCAUGGGCAGACUUGAUUUUGUGGCGGGUCAAACCAUUCAUGCUCAUUCUGUUAAGUUUGGGCUUGACGAUGAUGUGUAUGUGCGGAAUUCAGUGAUUGGUUUUUAUUCUGCCUGUGGGGUUUUAACAUGUGCACGAAAGGUGUUCGAUGAAAUGUCUAACAGAGAUACUGUAUCUUGGAAUUCAAUUAUUACUGGGUGUUUAAGAAACGGGGAGCUUGAUACGGCAGUUGAUCUGUUUACCAGGAUGGAUAAGAAAAAUAUUAUCACUUGGAACUCUGUAAUCACUGGAAUGGUUCAUGGAGGUAGACCUAAGGACGCCAUUGAUUUCUUUAACAAAAUGCUUGUAUUAACAGAGAAGGACAUGGUUUACCCUGAUAAGAUCACUUUAGCCAGUGUUAUUUCAGCUUGUGCAUCAUUAGGGUGGCUUGAUCAUGGCAAGAGUGUUCAUAGUUACAUGUUGAGAAAUGGAAUUGAGUGUGACAUGAUAACUAAAACAGCAAUGGUGGACAUGUAUGGGAAAUGUGGAAAUGUUGAUAUGGCAAUAAGGGUUUUCAAGAAUAUCCCCCAAAAAGAUGUAUUAGCUUGGACAUCAAUGAUAUCAGUGUAUGCUCUUCAUGGGUAUGGCAAUGAAGCUUUUAAUCUUUUUGACAAUAUGGUUGCAUGUGGGACAAGACCAAAUCCAGUAACUUUUGGUGCUUUAUUAACAGCAUGUGCUCAUUUAGGUUUAAUAGAUAAAGGUCGUUGGUAUUUCAACAUUAUGAAAACUGUUUAUUUGAUUGCGCCAACAGUUCAACAUUAUGCUUGCAUGGUUGAUAUUCUUGGUCGAGGUGGACUUUUUGAAGAGGCUGAAAGGUUAAUUACUAUUAUGCCCAUGGAUCCAGAUGUUUUUGUGUGGGGUGCAUUACUUGGAGCUUGUCAAAUGCAUGGGAAUAUAGAGCUUGGAGAAAAGGUUGCCAAACAUUUGAUAAGUUUGGAGCCUUUAAAUCAUGCUUUUUAUGUUGCAUUAUGUGAUAUGCAUGCGAAAUCUGGUAAAUUUGAUGAAUUGGAGAAUAUUAGGGCUAUUAUGGAUGUGAGAGGGCUUAAAAAGGAUGUACCAGGUAACAGCAUGAUUGAAGUUGAUGGCAUUGUUUAUGAGUUUUCAAUAAAAGGAUCAUCUGAGGUCAUGAUGGAGGAGAUUAAAAGUUUCUUAUGUCAAUUAAGUAAAGAGAUGAAGGUAGAUCAAAUUAAUUUCACCAUUUGA